AAAAUAAAAACCAAAUUUUUAUUCAAGAUUCUUGAAAUUUCUGAAAUAAAUUUAUUUCCUUUCUUUCAAGCGGUUCACACAUCUCAAAACACAUCAAUGUGGUAUGAAUAGAAGCAUUCACUCUCGGAAAUUGUAAUUCGAGGAAUUUUAGGUUGAUUUCUAUCUUCUAGUAGCAAUCCGGUGGAAUCUUGUGAGGGCUGGUUUAAGGAAAAAAACGAAAUAAGUAGUCUAGAUAUAAAUAUCGUUCACAAGUGUACAAAAAUAUUUUUCACUAGUUCACACGUAGCACCACCUUUUGAAUGAUUUCGGCAUUUGGUACACGCAAAAGGUGUGAUCAGGCUUUGUGAAAAUCACAAUAGGGGACUAUCGCGAUUGUCCAAGAGAGGCAAGAAAAAUGGGGCACUCUGCUGUGGUUUGGGAUUCACGGUUGGCUCUUGAAACAACAAAGGAUUGGAAUGGAAUUGAGCAAAUUGUGCUUCGAAAUCCCCAAGGAGCGUCGGCUAGGGUUAGCUUGCAUGGAGGUCAGGUGGUAUCAUGGAGAAAUGAAAGGGGCGAAGAACUUUUGUUUACAAGUAGCAAGGGGAUUCUUAAGCCCCCAAAGGCAAUGCGAGGAGGUAUUCCAAUCUGUUUUCCUCAGUUUGGUAACUGUGAUUCACUUGAGCAACAUGGCUUUGCAAGAAACAAACUUUGGAUGGUUGAUGAUGAUCCCCCACCGCUUCCUGCCAAUGAUUCUCAUGGAAAAUCUUUUGUCGACUUGCUACUGAAACCGUCUGACGAAGAUCUCAAGUUUUGGCCACACAGCUUUGAGUUUCGCCUCAGAGUCUCCCUUGGGAUAGAUGGGAACUUGAGCUUGAUAUCUCGCAUUAGAAAUGUUAAUGGGAAGCCUUUCAGUUUUUCAUUUGCUUAUCACUCGUAUCUCUCUGUUUCUGACAUAAGUGAAGUGAGGAUUGAAGGGCUAGAAACAAUGGACUACUUUGACAACCUUUUUAAACGAGAGCGUUUUACAGAACAAGGAGAUGCUAUUACUUUUGAAUCCGAGAUUGAUCGUGUCUACCUUAGUUCUCCGAAUUGUGUUGCUGUACUUGAUCAUGAAAGGAAGCGUACAUAUGUGAUAAGAAAGGAAGGGCUACCAGAUGUUGUGGUGUGGAAUCCAUGGGAUAAAAAAUCAAAAGCAAUGCCAGAUUUGGGAGACGAUGAGUACAAGCAGAUGUUAUGUGUUGCUGGUGCUGCAAUAGAGAAACCAAUUACUUUGAAGCCAGGUGAAGAAUGGACGGGCCGUUUAGAGAUUGCAGUUGUGCCAUCCAGUUUCUGCAGCGAGGAUCUCUGAUUUUCAGUUGAGGUGCCUCGGUAUAAGAUACUCUUUUGAGUUUGUUCUUUUCUUUUGCACAUGGAAGUAGAUUUCUGGUGUCGGUUUUUAGCAUUUAAGCAUCAUGUAAUCUAUCAUUAGGAUGGCGAGUAGUUGAAUAUUGUAUCUUUUAGUUUUAAAGAUGAAUGCAUACUAAAAUCGAGCCAACAUGUUAUUUUGA